AGGCCCCGCCUUCUCCGGGUUGCCUGCCGCGCAGGCGCAGAAGCUCCAGUGUGUGGAAGCUGCGGCCCGGCGGGCGGGUAAAUAACAGAUGCGGGUAAAAGAUCCCUCAAAAGACUUACCUGAGAAAGGCAAAAGAAAUAAAAGACCGUUGCUACCUCAUGACGAAGAUUCUUCAGAUGACAUUGCUGUAGGUUUAACAUGCCAGCACGUCAGUUAUGCUGUCAGUGUGAAUCAUGUGAAGAAGGCAAUAGCUGAGAAUCUGUGGUCAGUUUGUUCAGAGUGCUUGAAAGAGAGAAGAUUCUGUGAUGGACAGCCAGUACUUCCCUCCGAUGUUUGGUUGUGCCUCAAGUGUGGUUUUCAGGGAUGUGGUAAAAAUUCAGAAAGCCAGCAUUCACUGAGACACUUCAAGAGCUCUGGGACUGAGUCCCAUUGUGUUGUCAUUAGCUUGAGUACGUGGACCAUAUGGUGUUAUGAAUGUAAUGAAAAAUUAUUGACACAGUGUAACAAGAAGGUUUUGGCUCAGAUAGUUGAUUUUCUCCAGAAACAUGUUUCUAAAACACAAACAGGUGCAUUUUCAAGACUCAUAAAACUUUGUGAAGAAAAGCGUGAAACUGGUGAAAUAAAGAAGGGAAAAAAGGGCAGCUGUGUGCCAUCUGUGAAAGGAAUUACAAAUCUAGGAAAUACUUGCUUUUUCAAUGCAGUCAUUCAGAACUUGGCCCAGACUCACAUUCUCUUUGAACUGAUGAACGAGAUAAAAGAAGACGGCACAAAACUCAAGAUUUCGCUUUCGUCAGCUCCACAGCUGGAUCCAUUAGUGGUGGAACUUUCAAGCCCUGGACCAUUGACUUCAGCCUUGUUCCUGUUUCUUCACAGCAUGAAAGAGGCUGAAAAAGGACCGCUUUCUCCUAAAGUUCUUUUCAAUCAACUUUGCCAGAAGGCUCCUCGGUUUAAAGGUUUCCAGCAACAGGACAGCCAGGAGCUUUUGCACCACUUGUUGGAUGCGGUGAGGACAGAGGAGACAAAGAGGAUACAAGCUAGCAUUCUAAAAGCAUUUAAUAACCCAACUCCUAAGACUGCUGAUGAUGAAACUAGAAAAAAAGUCAAAGCCUAUGGAAAAGAAGGCGUGAAGAUGAACUUCAUAGAUCGGAUCUUUAUUGGUGAAUUAACUAGCACAGUUAUGUGUGAAGAAUGUGCAAAUAUCUCCACUAUGAAGGAUCCCUUCAUUGAUAUUUCACUUCCUAUUAUAGAAGAAAGGGUUUCAAAACCUGUACUUUUGGGAAAAAUGAAUAAAUGCCGAAGUUUACAGGAGACAGACCGAGAUCAUAAUAAUACCACCGUUGCUGUAGAAAAUACCCAUCAACCCAGAGCUGCCAAGAUGCAUUCCUCACCUAAAGAUAAGAAUCAACUAAGUCAUGACCGAAAACCCUUAAGAAAAGUACCAUCUGGAGAAGAGAAAACCGGUGUUAUGCAUCAGAAGAACGAAAACUUUGAUGGGAGCGGGUUUGCCAGCGUCAUGAGUACCGAGUCGUCACUGAACGAGAGCCCCACCGACGGCAGUGAGAAAGAAGGCAGCCUUUGUGAAAGCAGUGUGGACGCCGACAGCGAAGCUUCUGAGUCCGAGAGCGCUUCCAAGCGAACUGUGCUGCUCCGAUCCAGUGGCGAUUCCUGGGGGCACACGGAGCAGCACCUCCCCCUCGCCUUGGCAAGUGAACUGCCACAAAGCGCGGAGACUCCCAGUGGGGAUGCAGAUGUGGCUGAGGCAAUUGCUGGACUUCGUCUGGGCAGCGCUGUAAUUGGAAAUAGAGACGGUGACAGGGAAAAACAGCCACUCGGUGUCUCCAGUAACUUGUGUUUUUCAGAGGGAAAACAUAUGAGGUUUCAUAGUGCCCAAAAUGCUUUCCAGACUCUUUCUCAGAGCUAUGUAACUACUUCUAAAGAAUGCUCAGUGCAGUCCUGUCUCUACCAGUUCACAUCCAUGGAGUUGCUGAUGGGCAACAAUAAGCUUCUCUGUGAGGACUGUACUGAAAAGAAGCAGAAGUGUCAAAAAGAAACCAGUUCUGCAGAAAAGAAAGCAGGAGGAGUUUAUACUAAUGCCAGGAAGCAACUCCUUAUAUCUGCUGUUCCAGCUAUCCUAAUUCUUCAUCUUAAAAGAUUCCACCAGGCUGGCUUGAGUCUCCGUAAAGUGAACAGACACGUAGAUUUUCCACUUACCCUUGACUUAGCACCAUUCUGUGCUGCUUCCUGUAAGAAUAUAAGUGUGGGAGAGAAGGUUCUCUAUGGUCUCUAUGGUAUCGUGGAACACAGUGGCUCAAUGAGAGGAGGCCAUUACACUGCGUACGUGAAAGUGAGAGUACCCUCCAGGGAGCUAUCCGAGUCCAUGACUGCAAGGAAACCCGUACCAGGUUUGAAAGAACCUGAUAGUGAAUUGGGAGGCCACUGGGUCCAUGUCAGCGACACUUACGUGCAGGUGGUUCCAGAGUCGAGAGCACUUAGUGCACAAGCUUACCUUCUUUUUUAUGAAAGAAUAUUAUAAUUAUCUAUUAACUGUUAAUUAGCUCAUCUUUAUUUUAAUGCUGUAAUGGUAACCAUAAUAUGUAAUGUGCCUUUGUAGUCUUUAGGAAUAGUGCAUCCUUCCAGUGUUAUUUUACUUUUUCAUCAUAUGGUGAAUCCUUUAAAAAAAAAAUUAAUACACCAGGCUGUUGGGGCACGCGCCUUUAACAAUCCCAGCACUCAAGUGGCAGAGGCAGGUAGAUAUAUGAGUUUGAGUCCAGCCUGGUCUACAGAGUGACUUGC